GAACGCUGGAAUAACUCGAAUCGAAGUGGAAGUCAUGGCCGCUGGGACGACGACCAAGGAGCGCCUGGAGCGUCUGAUUAACGCUAAACAGCAGCUGGAGGCGCAGAUCAACAGAAACGGACAGAUCCUGGCCGCCAACGACAAUGUGGGCAUGAGUGGUCCACUGGUGGACCCAGAGGGCUUUCCGCGCAACGACAUCGACGUUUACCAGGUGCGCCUGGCGCGCCAGACGAUCAUCUGCCUGCAGAACGACCACAAGGAGCUGAUGAACCAGAUCCAGACGCUGCUCAACCAAUAUCACAGCGAGAUUGCCACCACAGAUCCGGAGCUAGUGAAUCGCGCCUCCGCUCUGGACCUGGACAGCGACCGUUCACCCGGUGGCGCUAAUAUCACGGACCUUGCACCGGCGCGCGCCAUCGUGGUGGUCAAUCUGGUGAGUCCCGACUCGCCCGCCGAGAGAGCUGGUCUCUGUGCGGGCGAUGCCAUCCUCCGCUUUGGCUCCAUCAAUAGCGACAACUUCAAGGGAGAUCUCGCCCAGAUUGGCGAGCUGGUGCGCAACAUGCAGAGCCAGAAUGUCCAGCUGAAAGUGAAGCGCGCCGAGCAGCAGCUGGACCUGAUCCUGGUGCCGAAAACGUGGAGUGGACGCGGUCUUCUCGGCUGCAACAUCGUCCUGCCGCCCGAGGCGAUGGAUCACUGAUGCAGCUACCAUGUUUAAGCUUCCUUCGAGUUGCCUGCCUGUGCACUCCUGCCCUGCACUUCAGUUAUCCACCCAUUGCCAGGCCACCGAACAUAACAUGCUUGCUCCAAAUUGCGAAAAUUGAUUUUUGGACGCGGUUUCAGGCCAAUUUCAGCUGGAGUCAUCUCGCUGACUGACAGCCGGGUCAGUGGGCCAAGGAGGAGCAGUGGAGUGACCCAAGGUGCACAGGUGACAGCGAAACGGGAUGAUAUUGUGAUUCGAUGGAUUCUGUUGACAUGACCAUUUUUUUUUUUGCAUUUAAUUUUCAUUCAUUAUAAAAUAAUGGGUAACAAUAAUGAUGAGGCGUUUUUACUAACAAAUAAGUUUUUAUAGCGCAUGUACUGGUAAAUAAAGAUAAAAUAAAAAUAA